CACUAACUUCAGCUCUGAAAUCAAACCCUUCACACCUGAGAGAACUGAACCUUAGUGGCAACGAACUAGGAGACUCUGGAGUGAAAAGCCUCGGUGAUCUACUGAUGAACCCACAAUUCAAACUGGAGAAACUACAAUAUGAAAUCAAACCCAUCACACCUGAGAGAACUGGACCUCAGUAGAAAUGAACUAAAAAACACAGGGGUGAAUCACUUAUGUGAUGUACUGAAGGAUUCAUGCUGUAAACUGGAGAGAUUGAGGUUAAGAUACUGUUAUAUGACAGAUGAACAUUGUUCCGCUGUGACUUUAGCUCUGAAAUCAAACCCAUCACACCUGAGAGAGCUGAACCUCAGUGGAAAUAGACUAGGAGAUUCUGGAGUGAAAAACCUCAGUGAUCUACUGAAGAAAAGACAAUGCCACCUGGAGAAACUAGAUUUGAGUAAAUGCAGUGUUACAUACGAGCAGGGUCUCAUCCUGACUUCAGCUCUGAAAUCAAACCCAUCACACCUGAGAGAAUUGGACCUCAGUGAGAAUCAAAUAAAAAACACAGGAAUGAGUCAGUUAUGUGAUGUACUAAAGGAUCCACACUGUAAACUGGAGAGAUUGAGGAUAAACUGCUGUUAUAUGUCAGACGAAGGAUGUUCUGCUGUGACUUCAGCUCUGAAAUCAAACCCUUCAUACCUGAGAGAACUGAACCUGGGCUGGAAUCAACUAGGAGACUCUGGAGUGAAAAACCUCAGUGAUCUACUGAUGAACACACAAUUCAAGCUGGAAAUACUAGCUCUGUGUAAUUGCAUGAUUACCGACAAAGAGUGUCUUAUCCUGACCUCAGCUCUGAUAUCAAACCCAUUAUACCUGAGAGAACUGAAGCUCAGUGGGAAUCAACUAGGAGACUCUGGAGUUGAAAAUCUUGGGCUUCUGCUGAGCAGUUCACAAUGCAAGAUGGAGAAACUACAUCUGUGUGAAUGCAGUAUUACAGAGAAACAGUGUUUCAUCCUGACUUCAGCUCUGAAAUCAAACCCAUCACACCUGAGAGAACUGAAGCUCAGCGGGAAUCAAAUAAAAAACGAAGGAAUGAAUCACUUAUGUGAAUUACUGAAGGAUUCACACUGUAAACUGGAGAAACUGAGGUCAGUAACAUUCACAUUAUAAUCACAAUGCUUUAAAAUUACUUUGACAUUAGACAUUAAAUGAAACACUGUUACUCAAUAUCUCAAGAAGCGCUUGAGUUUGCAUUAUAUUUGUGGAAAAUAAUUGCUCAAGGACCACUGUGUUAGCGGGAUAUAUGUAGCUGUGGCACAAGCAUCUUCUCUCUGUCAGUAAUAUCACUAACAGUCAUCAAAAAAUGUGGAAGUAUAAGACACAUUGUAAAUGGCACUGAAUGAUCAGUGCGAACAGCAGCAGAAUAACUGCAUGACCAGCUGGCCAAAAACACAUGUGCCUCUGACCAAGCAAAGCAAGG